UUCACUUCUGAUCGUCAGUGUACGUGGCUCCCAAGUUAGUUUUACUUAGGACAAGAAUGAUGCGGAGGCGUUGGACUGUUUUUCAGAAAUCAGCCAUAGGCAUCCGCAGAAACCUAAAUUUACACGCGGGUAUUUUAACAAGGCUAACUCAACAAGCACAUGCGAAUUUAUGAUUUCCCAAAACAUUUCAGAUUCGCCUCCACGCGCACCAUUGUGUGGUAGUAGCCUACGCCUACGUUGGAGAGCAGAUCACUCUUAACGUGUAGUUUACAGUUUAAUUCCCACUUUGUGAAUAGUGAUGUCGUUUUAAACUUGAAUUUAUCAUUUAGAGAAAUAAGUUUAUGGUCGAUAUCAUUCUGGGCGAACUAGGACUGGACAGAAAGCGGAAGUGCACGACGAGAGAGUUCUGUUUGCGAACAGUAGGGGGAGAGCGAGAAAGAGAAAUGGCGCCCCAAUAUUACUCUCGGUGAGAGAGUCGGACGCGAACACUGACAGAACCAAGAGAAGCAGAAACGAAGAGAACCAUGGUGAACACGAGAAAGAGCAACAGACCCCAACCAGACAGUCCGUUCAUCUCAUCCAGGACGAGGUCGUCUGUCGGGAACAACCCCAGCUUGGAAGAACACAACCAUAAGGAGGCCAGUAGUGAUGUGAGCAGCCCCUGCAGCCCUCGCCAGUCCCCCCCCUCUAAGCGGACGCGGCGGCAGACACGCACCCCCAGUUCCAGCGACACGUCACCCAGUCCCCAGAGCAAAGAGCAGAGGGUCAGCUGGCACGUGCCACACUACUGCACCAGGUUGUCCUCAGGUGCUAUCCAAAAUGGACACACGCGUAUGAGCCAACGGGAGCGGGGGGGCGGCGAUGGGGCCGACUCCCGACUGAACGGCCAUGUAGAGGUGAAGAGGGGCUGCCGCACCAGGAAGAGCCAGUUUCAGCAUCUCAACCAAAGCCUGCUGUUCGACCAGCUCAUCAACAGUGUGUUUAUUUCCAGCACGGCGGAAGCGGUUCUUCAGGAGAUGGACAACAUCAGUAGCAUCCGGCAGAACCGAGAGGUGGAACGUCUCCGCAUGUGGACUGACACAGAGCUGGAGAACAUGGACAUGUACUCGCGGGUGAAGAGAAGGAAGUCCAUGCGGCGGAACCCUUUCGGGGUGCAGGCACACCACAAGGCCCUCAGCAAGAAGGAGAGCCCAGCAGAGGACGAGGAGGGAGAGAACUCAGAGGAAUCCCACGAAGAGGCAGACAACGAUGAUGAUGACGGGGCGGAAGAAGACGAUGAAGAUGAUGGAGACGAGGCAGAGGAGCCGGGCGAAGAGAACGACCGGCCGUACAACCUCAGGCAGCGCAAGACUGUGCAGCGCUAUGAGGCGCCCCCUAUAGAGCCCGUGAACAGAAAGCAGAGCAACAACUCCCUAUUUGACACCCACAGGUCUCCUGCGCGUAGAAGCCAUAUCAGGAUUAAGAAGCAUGCCAUCCACAGCAGUGACACCACCUCCUCAUCAGACGAGGAGCGCUUUGAGAGGAGGAAGAGCAAAAGCAUGUCCCGUGCACGCAACAGGUGUCUGCCCAUGAAUCUGCUUGGUGAGGACCUGACAAGUGGGGUGCUGAGGGAUCGGGCCAAAGUGGGCGCCAGCCUGGCCGACGUGGACCCCAUGAACAUCGACUCCUCCGUGAGGUUCGACAGUGUUGGCGGUUUGGAGCACCACGUCCGCGCGCUGAAGGAGAUGGUGGUGUUCCCCCUGCUCUACCCCGAGGUGUUUGAGAAGUUCAAGAUCCAGCCCCCAAGGGGUUGUCUGUUUUACGGUCCUCCAGGCACAGGGAAGACUCUGGUGGCGCGGGCGCUGGCGAACGAGUGUAGUCAUGGCGACAGAAAGGUGUCGUUCUUCAUGAGGAAGGGAGCCGACUGCCUCAGCAAAUGGGUGGGCGAGUCUGAGAGACAGCUCCGCCUACUUUUUGACCAGGCCUACCUCAUGAGGCCCUCGAUCAUCUUCUUUGAUGAGAUUGAUGGUCUCGCUCCAGUGCGGUCCAGCAGGCAGGACCAGAUCCACAGUUCUAUAGUGUCCACUCUGCUGGCGUUGAUGGACGGGCUGGAUAACCGUGGGGAGAUAGUGGUCAUUGGUGCUACCAACAGAAUCGACUCUAUCGACCCAGCGCUCAGGAGGCCAGGGCGCUUCGACCGAGAGUUCCUCUUCAAUCUGCCCGACAAGAAGGCCCGUAAGCACAUUCUGGAGAUCCACACGCGUGACUGGAGCCCUCGGCUGACUGAGUCCUUUGUGGAGGAGUUGGCCGAGACCUGUGUUGGUUACUGUGGUGCUGAUCUCCGCGCCCUGUGUACGGAAGCUGCCCUGGCCGCUCUUCGGCGCCACUAUCCUCAGAUCUACGGAUCGAGCUCUGGGUCGGCGGGUCGGCGGUACCGGCUGGACGUGGGCUCCAUUGUCCUGGCAUCGGGGGACUUCGGCCGGGCCCUCCGCUCCAUCGUGCCCGCGGGGCAGAGGGCACUGGCGCCGCCUGGAAGGGCACUGCCCGCCCUGCUGCGCCCCCUACUGGAGGGAGGCCUGCAGACAUCCAUCAGGGGCCUGCUCAGGGUGUUUCCGCACGCAGAGAAACACACACAUGCAAACUCAGACAAUCAGUUUCUGGAGGAGGACUUAUACAGUGACGAGGACGACACAGCGUCACCCUCCAUCUACGUCGUACCAACAGCAUCUCCAAAGAAACACCAGCCCUCACACACACCCUUUCUGCAUUUUACCACGUCUGCCUACUCCCAGCCCACCUCGUAUCGUCCGCGGCUGCUGCUAGCGGGGCCGGGGGGGUCGGGACAGAGUUCUCACAUGGCCCCCGCCCUCCUGCACCGCCUGGAGGAGCUCAGCACACACCGGCUAGACCUGCCCACCCUCUACUCCACCAGCACCAAAACACCAGAGGAAUCAUGCGCACAGGUGUUUCGGGAAGCUCGCAGGAGUAUACCCAGUGUGGUUUACAUGCCACACGUGAGCGAGUGGUGGGAGGCGGUCAGUGACACAGUCAGGAGCACCUUCAUCACUCUGCUGCAGGACAUUCCCUCCCUCUCACCCAUCCUCAUCCUCGCCACGGCCGACUGCCCCUACACACAGCUGCCUGAGGAGGUGAAGUCCAUCUUCAGUCGUGCACGUGGGGAGGUGGUGUGUCUGUGUCCUCCAGGAGACGAGGAACGCAGGAAGUUCUUCAGUGACCUCAUCCUGGUGCAGGCUACACGCGCUCCGCGGCGCCGCAGGAACACAGUUGGCCCUGAGGCGGAGGAGCUGGAGGUUGAGGAGGUGUCGGGCCCCCGGCAGCUGUCUGUGUCGGAGCAGCACCGCCUGGAGGAGCAGGAGGAGGACACACUGCGCGAGCUGCGCCUCUUUCUCAGGGACGUCACGCGGCGCCUCGCCACCGACAAGCGCUUCAUCAUCUUCAGCAAACCCGUCGACAUCCAGGAGGUGUCGGACUAUCUGGAGGUCAUCCAUCAGCCCAUGGACCUCUCUCACAUCAUGACCAGGAUCGACACACACAAGUAUCUUGUUGCCAAGGACUUCCUAGCCGAUGUCGACCUCAUAUGCAGCAACGCGUUAGAGUACAAUCCCGACAAGGACCCAGGAGAUAAGAUCAUCCGGCACCGGGCUUGCAGUCUGAAGGACACUGCCCACGCCACGAUCGCCUCGGAGCUCGACCCCGAGUUCGACCGCAUGUGUGAGGAGAUCAAGGAGGCACGCAGGAAAAGAACAGACCUGCAGUCACCCCCGGCAACACAACAGCAGGUGUCCACCCCAAGCGCCAUGGCAACCAGGAAGCCUGGAGGAGAGGAGGCUGCUGGGAGCACUCAGGGUGAGGCGCUAGAAAGGCACUGCAGCAAUAACCAGUUGAAGCGUAAGUCUCCGCGGCGAUCAUCGUGGAGGCACGGCAUCAUCAGGAAGAAGAAGAUCUACCUGAAGAAGGAGACGGGGGAGGAGCUAGACGACGAAGAGGAGGAGCAUGACGGGUGGGUGGAGUCUGAGGACGCAGGUUUAGGCAAGGACGGGGAGGAGGAGUCCCUGUGUGAGCUGGAGCAUCCCACUUCUGCAGCCAAUGACUCCGCCCAGCACAAUGGCCACACCCUCUCCGUGGAGGAGGAGAGUUCCAGUGAAGCCUUGGCUCUGACGGAUGGCCAUGACUCCGCCCACAUCACCGCCCCUGACCCCGCCCAUGAGCCUGAGGAGUGUGUGAACGGGGAUGAGUCCUUAUCCAGCCUGGACAGUCAGACUGCCAUGGUGGACAAAGACACGUGUGCAGGUGCCGCACCAUCUGAAGCAGGGCAUUCUGGGAACACUGGGGCAGGUGAGACCACCUCCAGGGUGGAGGAGGGUGGAGCUCGGGGAGAAGGGGCCGUCCAGGAGGAGGCGGAGACUGAGUCGCCGUCCGUCCCGUCAGACAGUGAGAAGGCCAAGGAGGCCGGCCUAGGGGCGGAGUCCAGUGAGGGUGACAACGAGAGAGAAGGCAGGUGUAGAACCCGGAAGUGCCGAAAGAGCCAAUCAGAAGAGCCCGGCAGCCAGAAGAGCCAAUCAGAACAGCCAAGCAGUCAAAAGAGCCAAUCAGAAGAGCUGAUCAGCGCUUUAGCUGAUAGGCCAGAGGAUCUCCCUCAGGCCCCUCCCACGCCUGUUGUUGUGGUCGAUCACCAGCGACUUACGGCCCUGGUGGAUGAGGUGGUUGUGAAGACUGCCGGGUUCAGUGUCGACGAACUGGAGAGGCUUUACUCUCAACUCAGCCAGGCCAUCUACCUUCACCGCAGGGAUUACGACAAGACACCGCUCAUAGAGGCGAUGGAGAGGCGAGUGCGGCAUUUUGAAACAUUCCUGUAAGAGGUGCAGUCAGACUGCACCGCCAACUCUCCAAUCGGAGAGGAGACCAGCCUACUGAGCCACGCCCCCCCCCAACCACCCACCCACCCUCCAACCGCAUAGCCACGCCCUCUCCUCCGAGGCGUGCAGGUGUACUGUCUCCGUCUUAACUGAAGAAAGACAAGAAACAAACUGAGGGAGGGAGAAAGAGACACACUAACAAGGAAAUGGUGAACUUGGUGCUAUCGUCUCAGGUACUCUGGACAGUAUCAGUCUACAGAACCAAACUCAACUCAGUCUUUCAUACACAUUCACACUCACACACACACAUGCCAAUGCUGACUGGCAUUCUUGGUGCUAUUGGGUUCUACUGGGUGCUUUUGGGUGCUAUCGUUCUGUUUGCUCCUUCGGGUUUUCCUCAGACAAAAAGGAGAAGAAGAAAAAAAAAGAUCAAACGAACACCGAGGAAGAUUGUGUGAAAUCACAGCACGAGCCUGCCUCUUUUGUUUUAAGGAGUCCUCACAAGUAUACAGAUACACACACACACACACACACACACACACAGACACACACACACAUAGAGGCACAGAUUCUCACCAGCAGUGGCAAAUCCUUUUGCGAAUGAGGUGGAAAGACUGAGUGGUUUGUGACAUCAUCAUCGUCAGGACAACCUGAUUAUCCAAUCAGCCCCUUCCACCCGUUUCCUCUGUAAUCUUUUGACUCCCUAGUUAUUUUUCAAUGUCAUACCUGUUUGAUAGCUUCAAGACUAGCAUUGUUGAUAAAAUAAACUUUUUCCUUGUGAAUUUGAAGAAGCAGAAAACAAAAAAAGAAAGAUCAGUCUUUGAAACGGUCACCAGUGUUUUGUAGCGGUCACAGUUUGCCCUGCGAGAGGCCAAGUGCUUCUCCUCAGCCACCCUGUCAAACAGACUCCAUUAAACUCAAGACAGCUCCAGUCACUCUUACUCUCCACACUGCGGGGAAGCUUCUAUGCUCCUGGGUUUUUCGAGGGAGGGAGAAGGAUUGUAAUUAUUUUUCUGUUGGAGCUUUGAAGUCAGUCGCUUGAUGAUGCUGAGGAAAUGAAGGGUCAAUAAUCUGUGGUGACCUCCACUCUGUGACCUUGAGAUUACCUUAAACUGAUGACUCCUGCUCCUGGUGAUGGGUUCUCCAACCCAGCCAGACUCACAGGUUGUCAGAUGUCUCUAAGACACAUGCAGAUACUCUGGCAGAGUGAGAAUGCAGUCAUACCAGCUCACCUCACUCUCUCACACACACACACAUAGACACAAACACACACACACACACACACACACACACACACCAGCCAUGAGUCAUGUAUGAGUGAAAAUUCAUGUUGGGCAUCUAGCCACCUCCAUGAACACACACACACACACACACACACACACACACACACACACACACACACACUCUCCCCGACCGAAAGUCACCAAGCCUCUGCAGGUGGUGCUAAAGUGUGUGUUGGGUGUGUGUUCCUGUAGAGUUUGAGCCCUCAGCGGACCCUGCUCUAGCUGAGUGAUGUAGGCACUGGUGUUUAGAGUCUAGUCCAUUUAGAGAAGUCCAGAUUAUUCGGUGCUCAUGAUUAAGCUAGUGGUCUUCACACGCACACACACACACACUCUCUCAAUGGUGAUCAUGAUACACAAGGCUAUUUCUACAGUGUAGAUUACUGCAUCAGGUAUUGAGAGAAGCAUUAUUUUCUGUUGGCUGGUAACAUCAACCAUAAGUUGUUUUUUUUUGUCUUUGAUUUUCUUCUUUCUAUGUCUGUCUUUCUGUCUGUCUCUCUGUCUCAUUCGUCUUCACCACAAGUCUUGCUGUCUGUUGAGACGUGACAAACGCUUAGGCUUCUCCUUCUCGCUGGGCAAUUUGGGCCCACGUCUGUCCCAGAGACAGUCAGUGUCUCUUGGGCGCCCCCUGCAGCUCGGCUGAGUCUGUGCGACAUCUUUCAGGGGAGAACAGUACAGACAUGCAACAGCAGAGGCUUCUAUGAUGAUACACCAGAUGGCUUAACACCAAUACAUGCAGAGAAAAGGAUAGAUAGAUAGAGAGAGAGAGAGCGAGAGCGAGCGAACACAUGGCUACCUCAUCUUACUUCAUCUGGGUUGACCAUAGCGAGUAGAGUUUAAACAGUGUGCGUGUGUUAGAGGUUUUGGACACACGUACACACAUACAACAGAAAUCGGAUACACACACAUAUAUAAGUCCAACGUUCAAACAUACAACAGAAAUCUGACACACAAAUAUAUACACACACACACACACACAUCGUCAUAGACCUUCACUCACAAACUCCACAGUAGUUCUAAAGCAGCUGUACAGAUGAGCGAAUCCCUCUUUUGUUGUUGUUGUUGUUGUUGUUGAUGUUGAUGAUGUUGUUGUUUUUGUAUACACAUAUGAGCCAGAAAUGAUACAACAUCAUCUUUAAAAGAAAAUACAUGUGUAUAGUACGGACAUCCCUCUCUUUUGGUGAAGCGUUAGAUACUACCUUUUGUUUCUCUUACACACCUCCUGUUGGUAUUCUGUCCCCGACAGUGAUGACUGAGUCCCCGUUUGUCUCUCACGCCCCUCUGGUCCACCAGCACAAAGACUAGCUCAUCCCAGCAUCUCUCAUCUCUCUCUUCAUCUAUGGUAUUUAUUAACAGGGCGAGUAUACGCAGUGUUUUACAGUCUAAUAUACAUUUGACAGUUUUUCUACUUUUUUUGAGGCAACUAAUUGGGGGGUUGGGGGGGGAUACAAAAAUAAAAAUAAUUGUUACUGGAGGUUGAAACUUUGUGCUGAAGGGUGGAUUAGCACAUUGGUGUAGCAGGUGUUUAUUGUUUGUUUGUUUGUGUUUAUUUGCUGGAGGAGAUGAUCAGAGGUUUACAUGGUCUCAGGUGUCUGCUGCAGAAAUUGGUGACCGCCGACUGUCGGCCGAAUCUCUCUGGCAGUCGGCGGUCAUCUUGGAAUGAUGUAUUUAUUCCGUUGUAAUUAUGACGACGAUAUCGUUUCUCUUCUGAUUUUAUUUUAUUUUUUUUGCAUUUCGGUAACAGACUGCUGGACAGGACGAAGCUGAGUAUCAAGCUAAUGUGAUUUAGAGUUUGAUAGUGACACACACACACACACACACACACACACAUACACGAACGUAUGCAUAGCACGUCCUCCCAGAAUAGACCCUGUGUCCGUGAAGUGCUUUGUUUACUAUUGUGAUAAUAACUUUCUCCUCUGUCAUUUACACACACACACACACACACAAACCUCACUUACUCAGACAUACACCCACACAUGCAUACAUGCAUACUAACCGUUACUGUUUGGCAACAUUGCAGUGACAUUACGGCUCAUUCUUGACAGUGUAGUACAUGUUAGGAUGGUGUUGUAUGUCCAUUCUUGAGGCCAACACACACACUGUCUCAUUAACUGUUGAUAUCACAUCAUAAAUUCUGUCGUUGGAUGGGUCAGAAUGCUCCAGACUCUUAGUUGCAUUUUAGUCUCCAAAUAUUUAGCUGUCCAAAUACCCCAUAGGGAGUCUAGGCCAGACCUCAGCCACACCUCAGCCAGACCUGAUCUUCAUUGUUCUCCAUCGUCUGCUUCUUAAAAAGUGAAUCUUCUGCGGAGAUGAGCCGCAUUGGGCCCGGAGCUGGCCCAGAUCUAAACGAAGCCGUGGAAACGUACCUGUCUGCAACUUGCCUGUAGUCGGUAUCCCAUGGUGACGACCCAGAUAAACAAAAUGCCAAUCGUUGGAACAGAGGGGUCUGCACAGGCGCUUAGUCCAGUAGGCAGAACGUUUGUCUGUCGCUUUAUCCUUUCCUUUUUCGCUUUUCCAUUUUUUUUUUUUUUUUUUUCUCCUUUUGAUUAAUAACAUCCUAUAAGUAGAUGAUGUUUUCUUUGAGAUUACAGUUUUGUGGGGGAUUGUUUUUUUUCUGUUGUUGUUGGGUAGCAUUUGCCAGAUAUUUGUAUUAUAAUUAAUAUGAUUUAUGAUUUAUUGUUAUUAUGUUACCCCUUUCAUUUCUCUAAAAAGUUACUUUUAAAAGUUAAAAACUCAUUUUCUUUUCUCUCCCAGCAUUACUCUUGUGGGGUUCUAUGAGGUGAAUUGCAAACAUUUUACUGUAUUUUUUCUGAAAUUUAAAAACUGCUGUGACAUACUUGAAAUAAAGGUGCAAAAUUGUUGUCUACGUUAAAGCGCUUUCCACUUUCACUUUGUUUUAUAUGACCUCAUGUUUUUUUUUUAUUUUGCACUAAACACCUGGCUUGUGAAUCAAUAAAAUGCAUUUGGGUUUGUAAA